AUGUUGAAAAUGAGUGAGAGUUUGAUGCAGUCAAUGUAUUGGGUUUUCUUGUACUUGAUUCCUUUUAGAGAAGCAGCAUCUCCCGAUUUGUGAGUGCAGUUGAACUCCUCACUUCCGUUCCUUGUUUGAAACAAGAAAUCAACCUCUACUUCUCAGACCAUGAGUCGGCAGCCGGAGGUUCUGUGGGCACAACGAUCAGACAAGGUGUACUUGACCGUAUCUCUGCCCGACGCCAGGGACAUUUCCGUCAAAUGCGAAGCCGACGGCCUCUUCACUUUCUCCGCCGUCGGGGUCAAUGGCGACACCUUGUCCUUCACUCUGCAACUCUAUGGCAACAUUGCCCCUCAGGGAUGCAAGACAAAAACUGGUCUAAGGAAUAUACUAUGCUCUAUCCUGAAAGAACAAAAGGGUUGGUGGAAAAGGCUACUGAAAUCUGAAGAAAAGCCUGCUCCAUACAUUAAGGUUGAUUGGAAUAAAUGGUGCGAUGAAGAUGAUGAAGAAUCUGACUCAAAUCUGGCUUCUGAUGAUGAUACUGUGUAUACUGGUGAAAAUGAAGAGAGCAGUGACGAUGAAGGAAUGCUUUGUGAGUUAAAUCUCCUUUGCUUGCUCACCUACUUAAAUCCCAAACAUUACAUUCCAAUGAGAAUGGUUGUAAAAUCCCGUGUUUGAUGCAUUCUUCUUAUUGGCACUUCCCUUUACUUUAUGAUUAUUGGAGUUAUCAUCUCAUCAUACCUUUAGUGAAAAAUGAUGCGCUAGUCUGUUGAUCUAUGGUGCUUCUUGCAUUGCUCUAAUUCAAGCAUAUGUCGCAAAAAUUUCUAGUGUUCAAUGAAACACAUAUUAUUAAAAUUCAAGCAUCGUUGACACAUGUGAUGUGUUGCUCAUGCUGUUAUAUAUAUUCAAGAUUAGGAUAUACAGAAAGAAGGGGAAAAAAAGGUUCCAGUCUUGAGGGCUUUCUAUAUGCUUAUUUUGUUUUUGAUGGUGCAGAUCUUCCUGAUUUGGAGAAAGCUAGGGGCAGCAUUUCCUGAAAUCCACAUAUCGUCUUUCGUCACCAAGAAUCUUUUGGAGUUAUGGCGAUUAGAAAUUAGCAGUCGUCUCGAUCUAGAGAUGAUGACAUUAUUAUGUAGACUUUGAUCUCGAUCAAAAUGUGGUGAUAAAUUCUCUGUCAUCGAACAUUUGGUACUGAAAUGAUGAUCACUGGAUUUCUGCUUUGAAAUGCAAAUCCAAAUUGCUAUGCCGUUCUCA